AGCAAAUGAGGCCCCAGGUCUGCCUGGGUCCACUCCUGCGUCCUCAGAGAUGUCCCCACCACUGCCGCUGCUGUCCCUACUGCUGCUGCUGCUGCUAAAUGUGGAGCCCACCGGAGCCAGCCUGAUCCGGGUCCCUCUUCGCCGAGUGCACCCGGGACGCAGGUCCCUGAAGCCGCUGAGCGGAUGGGGAGAUCUGGCAGAGCCCCCCAGCUUGGGGGCCUCGUCCCGGGGGGACAAGCCCGGUUUUAUGCCUCUCACCAAGUACAUGGAUGUCCAGUAUUUUGGGGAAAUUGGGCUGGGAACGCCUCCACAAAACUUCUCGGUCGUCUUUGACACUGGCUCCUCCAACCUCUGGGUCCCGUCCAGGAGAUGCUACUUCUUCAGCCUGCCCUGCUGGUUCCACCACCGCUUCAAUCCCAAAGCUUCUAGCUCCUUCCGGCCCAAUGGCACCAAGUUUGCCAUUCAGUAUGGAACGGGGCGGCUGGACGGAAUCCUGAGUGAGGACAAGCUGACCAUUGGAGGAAUCAAGGGUGCAUCAGUGGUUUUUGGGGAAGCUCUGUGGGAGCCCAGCCUCGUCUUCACUUUUGCCCACUUCGACGGGAUAUUGGGACUCGGUUUUCCCAUUCUGGCCGUGGAAGGAGUUCGGCCCCCGCUGGAUAUAUUGGUGGAGCAGGGGCUACUGGAUAAGCCUGUCUUCUCCUUUUAUCUCAACAGGGACCCUGAUGUGGCUGACGGAGGAGAGCUGGUCCUGGGGGGCUCAGACCCAGCACACUACAUCCCGCCCCUCACCUUCGUGCCAGUCACGGUCCCUGCCUACUGGCAGAUCCACAUGGAGCGUGUGAAGGUGGGCACGGGGCUGACUCUCUGUGCCCGGGGCUGUGCUGCCAUCCUGGAUACGGGCACUUCUCUCAUCACAGGACCCACUGGGGAGAUCCGGGCCUUGAAUGCUGCCAUUGGGGGAAUUCCCCUGCUGGCUGGGGAGUACCUCAUCCAGUGCUCGAAAAUCCCAACGCUCCCCCCAGUCUCCUUCCUCCUUGGCGGAGCUUGGUUUAACCUCACGGCCAAGGACUAUGUCAUCCAGAUUGCUCUGGGCGGCGUCCGUCUCUGCUUGUCCGGCUUCCAGGCCUUGGACAUGCCCCCGCCUGCAGGGCCUCUCUGGAUUCUCGGCGACGUCUUCUUGGGAACCUACGUAGCCGUCUUCGACCGCGGGGACACACACGACAGUGCCCGAGUGGGCCUGGCCCGCGCGCGGCCUCGCCAGGCGGGGCAGCGAGGGGGCGGGCCCGCGCAGGCGCAGUUCUCCGGUGGCCGCCCUCGUUGAGCGCAAGCACCCAGGGUGCUAGCGGAGGUGUCACUACCCGGUAAAAACCCGCUAUUUCCAUUGAA